AUGAACCCUGUACGUAGACUGUACGACCUAGAUCACAUCAUGCACCACCUCUUCCCUGCUGCAGCGCUAAAUUGUGCUCAAAGUGUUAAAGACUACAAAGUGUUAAACAACGAAGUGUUGGAGUACAAUGAGACAAUAGACGCCAUACUGUCUGAGACUAUGACAGCUGGCGUGGCGGCGAGGCGGAAGUCGAGGUCAAAGAGGAGUUGGGCGAAAGUCGAACAGGAUGGACAGGCAUCAGACUUCACUGAUAUUGGUGACUGGCCAACAUUGGGCGCGGCUGUCUCCGGAGCCAGGUGUCAUUCUACACCGCCACCUCAUGACGCCGAUCCUGCCCACCACAAUGGCAAUGCGGAGCAAGACCGUAAACCUCCCGAGGAGCCCCACCACCAGCACCAGACGAAAUAUGAAAAGGUGGAACCAAUACAGAACCACCAUGGACACAACGAUAAGCAUCACGACAAGCAUGUAGACAAGUCGAAGAAUUUUGGCGCUGGCAAAGGUGGCAGCAAAUCUGGGAAGCAUAAAUGGGUACCAUUGGACAUAGAUGUGAAGGCACCUAGGCCAGGGAAGCAUGGCCCGCAGCAUUCAAGGCCAGAAAACGACACUGUGUCCUUGAACGGUGAAGAAUCCCGAUCGCGUGGGGGUCCACGUUCUCGGGGCGGAGCGCGCGGCGGCUCCCGCGGCGGUCGGCGAUCGGCCCCUCGACCCGCUUCAGCUCUACCCUCACUGCCGACGCCCCCGCAUCACCCCUUAUACCAUCACGCUCACGAUUUCCCACAUCAUCCAGACUUGGCACAGCUGCGGGUGUCAUCGGGCGGCGUGGCGCAGGUGGUGGUGCCGUUCGGCGUGGGCGGCGCUCUGGGCGCUCCGCUGGGCGCGCUGGGCGCUCCCAUGGCGCCGCCGCUGGCGCAGGCCUACUACUACGGCGCCGCCGCCGCCACCGCCACGCCCUACGGCAUGGGGCUCGACCAUGCCACCUUGAAGGAUUUGAUCAAGAAGCAGAUCGAGUACUACUUCAGUCCGGACAACCUGGCGCGCGAUUUCUUCCUCCGUCGCAAGAUGGCCGCGGACGGCACCAUCCCCGUGACGCUGAUCGCGUCGUUCCACCGCGUGCGCGCGCUCACCCCCGACGUGCAGCUCGUGCUCGACGCCAUCCGCGACUCCGACAAACUGCAGCUCAUUAAUGGCUUCAAGGUCCGAACCGCGUUCGAACCGACAAAAUGGCCGCUACUGGACAUUAUGGCAGGCUCAACAAAUGCCGAAGAGGAGAAAGAGAAACCUAAAGAUGCCGAAGAAAAGCCAAAAGUCCCUGUCGAUGGAGUGAUUGAAACGAAAAUGCCCGAAGAGGCGCCCAGUAUAGAAACCGAAAAGAAAGAGAAGACCGAGGAUGUUGUUAAAGUAGAUGUUAAGAAAGAAGACGAUAAGACUGCAGUGGAAAAGACAGAGACAGGAGAAGUUAAGGAAGCGGCUAAAGAAUCAGAAAUUACGAAGUCCAAAGAAGAGAUUAAGGAAAACUCUGUAAAGGACAAGUCUGACAGCACGGACGAUCCUCCGCUACAAUCAGAGGGGCAGGAGGAGAAGACGGGUGAAAAACGGCGCAAGAAGCACAUGGUGGGCAUCUUCCCUCUGCCGACGAUGGGCGGGCCGCUGGUGGCGCCGGUGUCGUCGCUGCUGCGCGCCGUGCCGCCGCCGCCGCUGCCGCGCAUGUUCCGGCGCCACCCGCCCGACAACCUCAACCCCGACGUGCCCGAGUUCGUGCCGCGCAGACACGAAGAAUGUAACGACAAAAUAGAGGGUGGAGACGAUAGACAAGGGUCCGGCAAUGCUAGUCCUAAUUCUGAGAGCUGGACUGAGGUGAAGCGCCGCAACAAAGCGGGGUCCCGCGAGCGGUCCGGGGGCGCUGAGACAGAGUCCCCCGCCGGGGAACCGAGGGAGGAGUUGCAUUUCCAACUCGACGAGGAACUGGAUCUGCCUCCACCUCGACAAAACACAUUCACUGAUGCCUGGUCCGACGAGGAGUCAGACGCGGAGUUCACGGACCGCGACGUGGGCCGUCUGCUCAUCGUGACCCAGACCGGCGCGAGGGCCCCCAAACACGAUGGACACGACCGACAGGGCGACUGGACCACCAGGACCAAGAUCACACAGGAUCUCGAAAAGGUUAUAACCGACGGCCUAAGACGCUAUGAAGAAGACCUUUGGAACGAUUCCGAAUACACUUCGGUAAGUAACAGAUCGUCGUACGGCAACCAGCAGCAGUACCGCACGGUGUCGCUGAUCUCCCGCGAGCAGUUCGAGGCGACGGUGCCGGCCGAGCGCCACGCCAACCCCGCCGAGCCACCGCCGCCGCCGCCCCGCCCCGUGGAGAGUCAGGCGGAGAGCGCGGCGAAGUCUUCGAAGCGUCCGCGACGCACGGCGCGGUUCUACGCGGCCAGCAAGGACCCGCACGCCACUGACGUCAUUGUAUCUCGCAAGCACAAGACCCGGUAUAGCCUGAACCCACCGGUUGAACACCAUGUGGGAUGGAUCAUGGACAUACGCGAGCACAGACCGAGGACACAAAGCACUGGGUCGUCUCUGGGCACGUCCCCGACUCUGGGGUCGUCGUGCGGCUCGAUGGGCCAGUCGCUGCCCACCUUCCACCACCCCAGCCACGGCCUGCUAAGGGAGAACCACUUCACACAACAAGCCUACCACAAAUACUACUCGCGCUGUCUCAAAGAGCGCAAGAAGCUGGGCAUCGGACAAUCGCAAGAAAUGAACACCCUGUUCAGAUUCUGGUCUUUCUUCCUACGGGAUCAUUUCAAUCGCACCAUGUAUAAUGAAUUCAGGACGCUAGCCAACGAGGACGCUUCAGCUGGCUUCCGUUACGGAUUGGAGUGUCUGUUCCGUUUCUACUCUUAUGGACUGGAGCGGAAGUUCCGUCCGGAGUUAUACCAGCACUUCCAGAUUGAGACAAUGGCUGACUACGAGAAAGGUCAACUAUACGGCUUGGAGAAAUUCUGGGCUUUCCUGAAAUAUUACAAACACGCUGGCGCCCUGCAAGUGGACCCCAAACUCCAGGGAUACCUAUCCAAGUUCAACAGCAUUGAGGACUUCAGGGUUUUAGAGCCGCAGCUGAACGAGCUGCUGGCGGCGCAGGGCGCGCAGGCGCCGGGUCGCGGGCCGCACGCACGCGCCUACGACCGCACGCGCUCCGUGUCCGAGUCCGACCGCGCCGCGCAUCACCACCACCACCGCGCCGGCAGCGCCCGCACUCAGUUCACGUCGGUGCAGUCGAGCGGCAGCCGCGGCCGCGCCGGCUCCUGCGGCGCGCAGAGCGUCGUGGCGCACGCGCGCGCUCGCCCUUCACCUAAAACGAAGCAAGAAGAAGUGAAGUCAGUGGCCGCCAAACAGUGA